UCUCAGAUUCAGCUGAAGGUUGGCGUUGUCCUGCCUGCCAGAAUGUGACACUCAAACAUCCCUCUGCAUACACCUGCUUCUGUGGUAAAGUAACAAAUCCAGAGUGGCAGCGCAGUGAGAUUCCCCACAGCUGUGGCGACAUGUGUGGGAAGAAAAGGAGUGGAGAAGACUGCAGGCAUCCCUGUAACAUCCUGUGUCAUCCUGGACCAUGCCCCCAGUGUCCUGCUUUUGUGACUAAAUCCUGCGUUUGUGGAAAGACCAGUCAGCCUGUACGCUGUGGCCAGGCAUCUGUGUUACACUGUGACAGUGUGUGUGGCUCACUGCUCAACUGUGGAAAACACAGCUGUGCCCAGGUCUGCCACAGCGGGGCAUGUGAGCCCUGCCAGAUACAAGUGGACCAAGUUUGUUACUGUGGUGCUGGCACUCGUAAAGUCUCGUGUGGCACAGAUGAACAAUGCUUUGAUGGUACAGGGCAUUUCUCCUGUCAAAAAGUAUGCUCAAAGAUGUUGGAUUGCACAGCCCACCACUGCCAGCAGGUGUGCCAUCGUGGACAGUGCCAGUCCUGCCCUCUCUCUCCCAGCCGGGUCAAGUCAUGUCCCUGCGGUCAGACACCACUGAACAAGCUCUUAGAGUUUGGCUACUCAGAACGAAAGCACUGCACUGAUCCAGUCCCCUCAUGUGGAAAAACAUGCAACAAGCCUCUAGCCUGUGGUUCCAAUGAUAUGAUCCAUUUGUGUGAAAAGCUAUGCCAUGAAGGAAGCUGUGGACCUUGCUCUUUGACUUCCUCUGUUAGAUGCAGAUGUGGUGCCAAACUUAAGGAAGUCCCAUGUUUAACAAUCUUCAAAGAAGACCAGCUUGUGUUCACCUGUGAAAAGCGCUGCAACAAGAAACGCUCCUGUGGUCGACAUAAGUGUGGAGAACUUUGCUGUGUGGCUGUAGAGCACAAGUGCCCCUUGAUUUGUGGCUACAAGCUGAACUGUGGCCUCCAUCGCUGCCAGGAGCCCUGUCACCGUGGAAAUUGUGAACCCUGCUGGCAGUCCAGUUUUGAUGAGCUGACCUGCCACUGUGGGCUCACUGUCUUGUAUCCCCCAAUUCCAUGUGGUACAAAGCCUCCAGAAUGUAAGAACACCUGUACCCGGAGGCAUGACUGUGACCAUCCCGUAUUUCACAACUGCCACAGUGAAGACAAGUGUCCGCCUUGUACAUACCUCACUCAGAAGUGGUGUAUGGGAAAUCAUGAGCAACGCAGCAACAUACCGUGCCACCUCCAGGACAUUUCCUGUGGCCUGACAUGUAACAAGGAGCUGCCCUGUGAAAUGCACCAGUGUCGGCGUAUUUGCCAUCGUGGCGAGUGUUUGGCUGAGGGCACGUGCCAGCAGCCCUGUGUGCGCCCGCGUACCGACUGUGGCCACCCAUGUGCUGCUCCCUGCCAUAAAGGCAGCAGCUGCCCGCACACCACCUGCACUGCCAAGGUGUCUCUGCAGUGUGACUGUGGCCGGAGAAAAGAAACAGUUGUGUGUGCAGAAGCUGCCAGUUCAUAUCAGAGAUAUGCAGCCAUCGCUGUGGCCAGUAAGCUCUCUGACAUGCAGCUUGGGGACUCUAUGGACUUGGGGCCAUUACUCACUAAAAAGGAGAUGAAGCAAACCAAGCUUGAAUGUGAUGAAGAAUGUGCUACACUGGAGAGAAACCGGCGCUUGGCAGAAGCUUUACAGAUAGACCCCUCUUCAGACCCAUUUAAUGUGCGCUCCACCUCUGUGUAUAGCGACAGCCUCAAGGAGGACGCCAGGAAAGAUCUAAAUUUUGUUACCAAAGUUGAAGAUGAAAUUAAGAACUUGAUAGAGAUAACUAAUAAGGGAAAGCAAGCCAAAAGAACUUACACCUUUCAGCCAAUGAACAGAGACCAUCGUCGGAUCAUCCAUGAACUGGCAGAGGUGUACAAGCUGGAGAGCAUCAGCUAUGACAGUGAGCCCAAGCGUAGUGUCAGUGUCACCGCUCAAAAGGGGGUGGCUGUGUGUCCAAACUCAUCCCUGUCAUCAAUCAUCAAACGGGAGACCGCAGCCAGAGCUCCUCCUCCAAUAGCUCACAUCAAACAGCACAGCAGCAAGCCAGUUGGCGGAGUUGCCUUUUCCAAGAUGGUUAGAGAAGAACCUGUAAUUGAUUAUUUUGAUGUCCAAGACUGACGAAGAUGACCUUUCAAAGAACCCAGUAAAUGAGUAAUAAUAAUAAUAAUAAUAAUAAACGUUCACCAAAAUGGACAAAUGUAGAUGCUGCUGUGUGAUCUAAUAAAACUAUAGUUUAUUUCUA